AUGGGACGAAAAAAGAUUCGCAUCCAGCAGAUCACGGACGAGCGUAAUCGGCAGGUUACGUUCGUGAAGAGAAAAUAUGGCCUGAUCAAGAAGGCAUACGAGCUGAGUGUGCUGUGCGGCUGCGAGAUCGGCCUGAUCAUCUUUAGCCACAACAACAAACUCGUCCAGUACACCAGCAGCGACAUGGACCGAGUUCUGCUGAGAUACACAGAGGUAUGCUGUUCCUGUCGGGUCUUGAGUCCAUCAGCUUGGCUGUGA